UAGAAAUCGCGAAAAUAAGCUCCUUCCUCUGACCUAUGUGUCCGGAAUAUCAGACGUCUAUCUGAAUGUUAAGGAGUGCUUUAAACAGAGUUCAGAACAAAUGGAAAUCGUACCGACACCGGUUUGUACCUUGGGUUGUUCUGAACCUGUCUAAAAAUGAGAAAACUCUGCGGCAGGUGACGGACCGCUCUAAAGACAAGCUGGUCUCAGAUCAGGAAGUUUCAGCGAGCCUGCUACAGCUCUUCAGAGUCCUGCUCAGGAGUCAUGGGACUGAUCAUGGGGAGCUCCGAGGGGCUCAAUCUCAUCUUCUCGGAGAGGAAACAACUGAACAACAUCCGUGUAAAGAGGAUGCCAUGUUACGAUCGCUAGGAUUCUGCAUUGCACGGAAACCCAGCACUUUACCCUUUGCAGGAACUGGCGUGUUUGUCACCAAAGGAUGUGUACCCAAAGGAGCUACAGUGGCCAUGUACCCUGGCACAGUUUACCAAGCCUAUGAGCCAAUUCUCCUGCAGUCCAUCAGAAACCCAUUUGUAUUCAGGUGCAUUGAUGGGGUCCUGAUUGAUGGGAAUGACAAAGGCAUCUCCAAAAUGGUGUUCAAGUCCUGCAGUGGCCGGGACAGAAUGGGGCCCUUCAUGAUGAGUGACACCAGCUGGCUGACCUCCAGUCCACAAAACCCACUUGCUGUUGGACAGUAUGUGAACAACUGCUCCAACGAGUAUCCUGCUAACGUGUGCUACCAGGAGUUUGACGUGCCUAUCAAAUUUCCCAUCAAGCUCCGCCAGUAUCUGCCUAAUGUCAACUACAGCACAGAAGCACAGAGGCCCCUACGCUGUGUUGUCCUUGUAUCCCUCAGAGACAUCACAGCAGGGGAGGAACUAUUCUCCAACUACUUCACCAUUGUGCGUUAGAGUCAGAGUACACUCACUGUACACUUUACUGCAUUGACUGGGGUUUAUGCUGGAUUUUUUUAAACAGACGAAGGCGUUGUAUUGUUUUGAUCAAUGAGAAUUGCAGGGAUACAUAUUUUUUUAGUUCAACACCCAGGCCAGAUGCCAGGAUGAAGCUACUAAGGUUGCUGUUAAAAGUUUCAAGCUUGAAUUUACUUUUUAUCUAUACCAACAUAAAUUUGACAAAUAAUGUGAUAAGAUUUAAAUUAAAGUACAGUUAGGUCCCACUUGAUGAUUGGCGUGACUCUAUAUCCAAACCUUAAGUCCAUAUACACAUGUCCCAAAGGAGCGCAAGCCAGACAAGCCAUACCAUAGUAAAACAUGCUUCUGUUGAUUUAUGUUUCUAGUUUCUAGUGUUAUCGGACCUUAGAAUAGGUUUGAAUGAAAUAAAUAAAAAGGAUAUUCAUUUAUGAUUUUGGAUUAUUAAUAACUAUGUAUUAAAGCGCCACUAUUAUACUUUUGGGGGGUUUCCCCUUUCCUUUAUGUAAGUUUUUGUGCAUGUGAAUGGUCUGCAAAGGCUGAAAUCCCAAAGUUUCUCUCCCCCCACCCCCAUUAAAUGCCUCGAUGGGCUCCGUUGUUUACUUCCUUAACAUAGUGACAUCGCUUUGUAACACUUGCUCUUCUAUUGGCUAGUGCUCCAACAUAUUGUAUGUGAUAGUCUAAGGGGCGAGACAUCUCUAAGUGAUUUACCAAUCAAAACAGAUACAACCAGUUAACCAAUCAUAGCAGACUGGGCUCUCAAGUAAAGUACCUGUAACUUGGUAACUUUCCACCAACAACAGCUUGGCAGUAUAAACUUACAGAGACCGGGUGCAGUUCAUACAAGUAUCAUGAGUAACCUUUAGCAUGGGCGAGUUACCAGACACAACAAGGUUGGGAAACACAGAGCAACACAGUAAAGUAAACUGUUUAUUAACUGCAUAUUAACAAAAUGGUACCCUCACAUCGCAAAUAAUAAAUAGCCUACAUUACACACACAUUCAAUUGCCUUCUGAAAUAAAAAAGCCUAAAACACUAUUGACAAUAAGCUAUGGUGUUACAUAAAGCAAACACAGUUUUAAAACCUGUCUCCUACAUUACUUUGCAGAAUGUGUUUUUAUUAUUGAGCUUAACAGCUAUGGUUCACCAACAUCUAAUAUACCACAAAGUUGCCUUAGUUAUAAAUAUAUAGAAGAAGAGAACGUCUUCAUUGCCCCUGUGCAUUCUGGGUGAGGAUAUGACUGUGGUGGAGGAUUACAAGUACCUUGGAGUGCACCUCGACAAUGGACUGAACUGGAGGGCCAACACUGACACUGUGUACAAGAAGGGGAUGAGCCGACUCUAUUUCCUAAGGAAGCUGAGAUCCUUCAACGUUUGCAGCAAGAUGUUGGAGAUCUUCUUCCAGUCUGUUGUUGCUAAUGCACUCUUCUUUGCUGCCGUCUGCUGGGGGGGCAGCAUUAGAGGUGGUGACACCAGCAAAAUCAAUAAACUGAUUAGGAAAGCUGGCUCAGUCAUCGGCAUCAAACUGGACAACUUUGAGGCUGUGGUGGAGAGGAGGACUCUGAACAGACUGUUGUCCAUCAUGGAUAACCCCACCCACCCUCUCCAACUGCAGCUGGACAGACAGCGGAGCUCCUUCUCCAACAGACUGCUCCAGCUUUGCUGUCACAAGGACAGGUACAGGAGAACAUUCCUGCCCACUGCAAUAACUCUGUAAUAUAAUUCCCCUCUGGCUGGCAGACAACUCACUGCCCCAUAGCCUCUCUGUAAACUGGACUUAACAUGCACUCCUUCACACUUAACAUUGUACAUUUACACUAUAUUAUUAUUGCCUUUUUGUACAUUUGUAUAUUUCAUAACAUUCCUGCCUACUGCCAUAACCCUGUACAACAAAUCACCCCUCGCUGGCAGAGAACACACUGCUCCAUGGCUUGUAAACUGUCUUCUCUUCCAUAAACCAGAAUAUUUUGCACAACAGCUAUUUGCAUAAUUUCAAUGUUUAAUAAAUCAAAUGUCUUAUCGAUUAUUAAUUGUA